UUGUGUCCAAUACUCGUAUAUUCUAAUACAUAAACUUUAGAUUAAAAAAAAUACCUACACUAAAUUGUAAUAAAAUGGGCGAACGACGUGGUACAAAAGCUUUGGAGUUAUGGUGCCGACGUAUGACGGAGGGCUAUCCGGGCGUCAAAAUCGAUAAUAUGACCACAUCAUGGCGAGAUGGUUUGGCAUUUUGCGCUAUGAUACAUCAUUUUCGGCCAGAUUUAAUUGAAUUUGACAAACUAAAUAAAGCCGAUGUGUAUUACAAUAAUGAAUUGGCCUUCACCACCGCGGAGAAAUAUUUGGGAAUACCUGCCUUGUUGGAUGCAGUCGAUAUGGCCACCUACGAAGUACCAGACAGAUUAUCAAUACUCACUUAUCUAUCACAAUUCUACCAAGUAUUUGCAGCACAAGCAAAUUGGGAAACUGUUUUCAUAGUUUCACGCACACAUAUACCAGCAUAG